AGUGAAAGUACACACAGUGGUAGCUUAUGCUAGGCAAAUUCUCCAGAGGUUUAUACUGACUUCUUUCUGUUAUUUUGGGUGAUAGGGAAUGGCCAGAUACCAGAGUAUCAGGGUACAGGUAGGCCUAAGUUUCCAAGGGAGAUACCCAAAUGAAAGUAGUGAAACAUAACUCACUUACACUGGAAGGGGAACUUUGGAUUAGAGGAUGUAUAAGGACCCUGGGCACAAAGCAUUCUGGGUUACAAACAAGAUUAUCUCCUCCCUCAUCAUCUAGUGGAAGGGAACGUGAUCAGAACUCCCAUACCGAGUGUGCCGCGCGGCCACCCGAGCCGGGACGCCGGCCCCAGCGCCCCGCAGGCGGGCGGUGGUGGAUGCGCGGGCGGGCGGAAGCCCACAGUAUGGAUUCAGAUUCUGGAGAGCAGAGCGAGGGCGAGCCUGUGACUGCUGCAGGUCCUAAUGUGUUUAGUUCAAAGAGUCUUGCCCUUCAAGCCCAGAAGAAGAUCCUGAGCAAAAUAGCCAGCAAGACUGUAGCCAACAUGCUGAUUGAUGACACCAGCAGUGAAAUCUUUGAUGAGCUCUACAAAGUCACCGAAGAACACACCCAUAACAAGAAGGAGGCCCACAAGAUCAUGAAAGAUGCGAUCAAGGUGGCCAUCAAAAUCGGUAUCCUCUACCGGAACAAGCAGUUCAGUCAAGAGGAGGUUGUAAUUGUGGAGAAACUCCGGAAGAAGCUGAACCAGACUGCUAUGACCAUGGUCAGUUUCUAUGAAGUAGACUACACCUUCGACACAAACGUGCUGUCUAAGCUGCUGCAUGAGUGCCAGGACCUGGUCCAUGAGCUGGUGCAGCGACAUUUGACACCCAGAAGCCAUGGACGCAUCAACCAUGUCUUCAACCACUUCGCUGAUGUGGAGUUCCUUUCUACUCUCUAUGGUCCGCAUGGAAACUGCAGGCCCAAUCUCAAGAGGAUUUGUGAAGGAAUCAAUAAACUGUUGGAUGAGAAGAUCCUCUGACUGGCUUCUCUUCUCCUGGACUUUGCUGCUUCGAAGUUAAAACAUCCAACCUGGUCCAGUAAGAAUCAAGCAGCAAACCUUGUCCAAGAUGCUCUAGUUAUGUCCUCUUCAUCCUUCUGAUGCCGAUUCUAACCCAGACUUAGUGUGUUGACUCCCUGUGCACAGGCAUGAGGUCUCGAGUCUAAAUGAACUAUGUUUGCAAGCCCAAAGAAUAGUCAACAGUUCUAAGCAGGGAGCCUGCUUUGCUCACUACUGUGAGCUCAGUUGAUCUUAAAGCGGAAGGCAUCCUGGAUUAGGACACAGAAGACACGGGCUUGGAUAUCAGCCCUGCCACUAUGAACUCUUAUCUUCUGUGUUCUGAAGACGUGAUGCUUCCUGACUACCUCACAGGGCUGUUGUGGGGACUGAACGGGACAGCUCACAUGCACGGUUUUGUGAAACUGAGACCAGUGACUGAAUAUAAUAAAUAGAUGGGGUAUUAACUAUUCAUAAUUGAUGUGUUUGCUUGUUGUCAGUUGUCAUGGCAUAUUUAAUAUCACAGUACCAGAGAGGCUGGGGUAUGAGAACUAUGAUUUUUUUUUUUGAUAGUCUGAACCACGGAAUAGGGUUGAGGUAAAUCUGGCCUAUAUAGGAAACUCUGAGGAAAUGAAAAUGGAAAA